AAAUACACAAAAGUACAAAACCCCUAAAUCUAAUUAUCCCCCGUUCGGCCAUUCCCAUUUCCCCCUUAGUUCCUCCAUUUCCUCCUUGGCAGAAUCGCAGCCAGCCAGCCACCGCCGUCGCCUCCCAUAGUCCCAUUCCCCUCAAUUCUAAUCAGUAAUCAGUCUCAAUCACUCGAAAUCUCUAAAUUCAUUUUUCCCCUCCUUUCAAACUUCAACUGGGGUUUUCUUAAGCUGAUUGAUGGACUAAAGUCUUAAAACUUUUGGGCUAUUAGAGAGUUUUCUAUGAUUGCUUUAUUGGUAAUCUCAGAGGAUUUAAUGCCUCUUUUCAGGGUCAUCGCUGAUGAAAAGCAACCGCCAGAAUCAUGCUUUGUGAGCUCGUAAGAUAAGUAGGAAUAGCACAGAACAAAUACAAGACCAAGGUUGCAAGUCUUGCCACCACAAUUUACAAUUUGAAAUGGCUUCAUCGUCUUCAGCUCUUCCGACAACCAUCUCGUUUUCAGUCACCUUUCUCAUAUUAUUGUCCUCACUGGAAACUGCCUCCGGCUGUUUCACGUCAAUCUUUGCCUUCGGCGAUUCACUGGCUGACACUGGAAAUUAUGCGACCAUUUACCCGCCUAUAUUUCAUUUGAGCAACGGAACACUCUACUGCGGCUUACCUCCUUAUGGAGAGACCUAUUUUCAUCACCCAACAGGUCGAUGCUCCGAUGGUCGGCUAAUAAUCGAUUUCAUAGCUGAAUACUAUGGACUUCCACCGGUUCCACCGUAUCUUAUGGGCGCGAAUCAUCGAAGCAACUCAAGGUUUGAAGCCGGUCUGAACUUUGCAGUUGCAGGAGCUACAGCACUUGACGUCCCAUUUUAUGGAGAAAAAGGAAUUUCUUCUACUUUGGCUAAUAUCUCUAUGAGUACCCAACUCAGGUGGUUCAAAGGGCUACUGCCAUCUCUUUGCUAUUCCUCAAGCUGUAGCGAAGUUUUCAAAAGCUCACUCUUUCUUAUGGGAUUCGGUGGCAACGAUUAUGGCAAAGCAUUUCUGCAAGGAAAAAGCUUGGAGGAGACAAAAUCCUUGGUUCCUUUGGUUAUUAGUGCCACUAGGUCUGCCAUUAACGAAUUGAUAGACCUGGGAGUGGUAAACAUAAUGGUGAAUGGUCUAUUGCCUGAUGGAUGCUCGCCAGCGAUGUUAACAUAUUUCAAGAGUUCAAACAAAGAAGAUUAUGAUACAGCAACAGGCUGCCUGAGUUGGUUGAACGAUUUUUCCAAUUAUCACAAUGAACUACUUCAAGAAGAGCUGAAUGGAGUUCGAGCAAAUCACCCAGAUGCACUUAUAUUGUAUGCCGAUUAUUUCAAUCCUCUAAUGCAGCUUUUUCGUUCUCCUGAACAAAACGGUUUCGGAGGAAGAUCGCUUAUGGCCUGUUGCGGAGAUGGAGGUCCCCCUUACAAUUAUAAUUUUACAGCGCAAUGUGGAGAACCAGCGUCUACUGCUUGUGCUCGGCCUUCUCUAUAUAUCAGUUGGGAUGGCAUUCACCUUACAGAAGCCGCAUAUAGAUUUAUGGCCAAAGGUUUACUUGAGGGGCCUUGUACUACUCCUACAAUCAAUACUUUGUGCACGUCCAUGAAGAAGGAUUUCGGAUUUGCGUCAGCUAUGACUAGCCAAUUAUGAGCUACUACUACAUUUGAUUUCAUCUUUUACCUUCUACAAUUUGGAAUUACAGAUUGCUUCAAAGAUUUUGCGGAAUUAAUCUGCUUUGUGAUGUAUGGGAUUCAACUCGUGUAGCUAAUUGAAACUUAAGUUCCUAAACUUGAUCGACGCAGAGAAUAUAGUUCAAUUUCGUCGGAGUUAUGCAGAUUAACGAACAAGAAGUUGAGCA